AGCUAGAUUUAAGGAGAAACGUUGAGAUCCGUGUUGUAAUCUAAUUACAGGUGCUUUAAUAGUGUUGCCUAGUCUUCCGACUAUAGUAUUAGUCUCACUCAACUCAAUCCUUGAUUAUUAUUGAUUCCUUGUAUGGUUCCCUUCAAUUCCAAUUCCCAAUAAUAACCAAUGCUUCUUUCACCUCUUUUUUAGAUUCCUAAUGCUAUGUUGCUAUAGUACUAGUACUACUUUCUCGGUUCCUUUCCAUCCCACUUGAUUCGACUCGACUCGACUCGAAACUUAUCUCGACUUAAAUAAAAGAGAGAAAAAUGGGGAAGUCAUCUUCGUCUUCUUGUUUGAAGAUCAUUGUAUGUGGUGGCGAUGCGGCCGAGAAUGAUGAUGUUCAUUCUUCUUCUGAGGCAAAGACACCAAAUGAUAAACGCGGAUGGAGUUUCAGGAAAAGAUCUGGGAGACAUCGGGUGCUAGGCAACAAUGUCAAUUCGGAAACUACCACUUUACCCGAAAAAGAAACCCCACAAGCUGGUAGUAUAAAUUUUCAAGCUCCAGUUAAGCCUACAAGUGCUGAUGAGAAGCCACAAUUGCCAAGACCAGUUGAUGAAAUUAGUAAAGCAGUUGUUGCUUCAGAAAAUGAUAAUGAAUUGAAAACAUCACUGGUGGUGGUCACUUCAGAAAAUGGUUCAACACGGGAAGAAUCAAAAGUUAUUCAGGAUCAGGAUGCUUUCCAAAGUGUUAGCAAUAAGACAUCUGCCGAAUACAAGGUGCCUGAUGCUGAUGUUGUUUCAGAAUUUGAUAGCAAGGAAACAUCAGCUGAAUCCAAAAUGGCUGAUGCUGUCGUUAUUUCAGAAUAUGAUAGCAAGGAAACGUCAGCUGAAUCCAAUAUGGCUGAUGCUGCUGUUGUUUCAGGUUAUGAUAGCAAGGAAACAGCAGCUGAAUCCAAAAUGGCUGAUGCUGCUGUUGUUUCAGAAUAUGAUAGCAAGGAAACAUCAGCUGAAUCUGAAAUGGCUGAUGCUGUUGUUGGUUCAGAACAUGAUAACAAGGAAACUUCAGCUGAAUACAAAGUGGUUGAGGCUGUUGAUGUUUCAGAAAAUGAAAGCAAUGAUACAUCCGAUGAAUCAAGUAUAGCUAGUGAAUCUUCUGAAACAAAAGAUUCAAGCAUCAAGUCUGAUGAACCUAAAUUGUCUGAGUCAGAGGUGACUUCAGAAACUGCUUGUAAUGACAGUUUAAUUAUGGAUGAAACUGUGGCUAUUAUUAUUCAAACAGCUGUGAGAGGGUUCCUGGCUCGAAGAACCUUUGUCCAGUUAAAGAGUGCUGUUAAACUUCAAGCUGUUAUUCAUGGACAUUUGGUGCGGAGAAAUGCUGUUGAAACUCUACAUUGCAUCAAAGCAAUCGUCAAGGUUCAAUCCCUUGUUCGCGCUCGCAGUUCAAAGUCAUUGGGCCAGAAAACUAAACCAAAUGAUGCUCAAUUUUCCAUUGUGAAGCUGCUCCAAAAUAGUUUUACCCGUCAGUUAUUGGAGUCAACGUCAAAGCCCAAAUCUCUAAAUAUUAGAUGUGAUCCUAUGAAGCCUAAUUCAGCCUGGAGUUGGUUGGAGAGAUGGAUGGAUGUCUCAACAUCUGAAGUUGCUGAAAAAUUAGAACCUAGUGAGGAACCAGACAAUUUGAAUGAGGCUCAGAAAAGUGCUUUGCAAGCAGAUGAUAAGUCUUCGCCACCAGUCUUUUGUGACUCAUUAGAUUCAAGUUUCAGUAUGAGGGAUAGGGAAGAAUCGGUUGAAACUGAAGAUAUUGCUGAUGAUGUUACGAUUGGUGAUACCUGCUCAGGUUGUCCUUUGUCAACAGACUUCAUGAUAGAGCAAUCUCAUCUGCAAAAGCAAGACACACUUUAUGAGGAUGUGGCUUCUGCUGAGAUCGAGUCUAGUGCAUUAGAAAUCACACACACAAAAGAAGAGCCUGUUCUUGAUGAUAUACCUGCCACACUAGCCACUGAGAUCCAACAGCCUAAACUUUCUAUGAAGCGUUCAGCAACUUCCGAGCUGAAUGAUGAGGGAAAGAAGUUUGUAUAUGGAUCAAGGAAGUCAAGUAAUCCUGCGUUCAUUGCUGCUCACUCAAAGUUUGAAGAAUUGACUUCAUCUGGAAACUCAGAAAAAUUAAAUGUUUUGUCUGAUCAAGAUGUUGAAUCUGAACCCUAUGUAAACUUAGCUCCUUCCCUUGAAGGUGUCAAGAAACGUAAUAAAUCUAGUGAUGUUGAGGCUUCUGAAACUUUGGAUCCUCGGAUUCAUGUUGCUAGAUCUGAAUGUGGAACUGAACUCUCAAUUUCUUCCACUCUUGAUUCGCCUGAUAGAUCAGAUAUGGAGAAUGCAGAAGCUUUGCCAGAAGUCCGGUUUUUGGAGGAGACAUCUUGUCUGCCUGGCGGAGAGAAGCAAGAUGAUGCCAUGCUCAGUAAUUGUGUGACUGAUGUACCUUCUACUUUGACUGAGCAGGGAGAAUUUAAUGAGAGCAAUGGUGUAUUUGUUGAUCCAGUAGCCGUUGAGGCUAGCCCACAGGUGGAUCAAAUACUCGAGACAAAGGAAUCCGAUGUGCAGUCUGAUAUUGCACCUGUGAGUUCUGAGACCAAAACAGACUCCUCAACUGUGAAGCAGAAUCAUCAAGAAAAUGGAUGUAGUGUGCCCAUAGAGCAUGAACCUUCAACAGGUCGUCAAACGUACAAAUUGUCACCUGAAGCUUCACCUCAAAGCCAUAAGACAAUCUCAGAAUCUCAGGGAACACCUUCCAGCCAAGCCUCAGUAAAAGGUAAAAGGAACAAGAUUGAAAGGCAUGGAUCAAACAAAAAACGUAAUCCUCCAUCUGCAGAAAAAAGGUCUCCAUUAAACACAAAUGUGGACUCGGGUGCAAGAAGUAGUACUGAGAAUUUGCCCAAGGAUCACAAAAGUGCAAAGAGAAGAAAUUCUUUUGGUUCAACAAAAUCUGACAUUGCAGAUCAGGAGUCCAGAGAUAGUAGUAGUCGUCUGCCGAGCUAUAUGCAAGCUACAGAAUCUGCCAGAGCCAAGGCUAGUUCUUCCCCUAGAUCAAGCCCAGAUGUCCAUGAUAAAUUAGAUUACUCUAAGAAAAGGCAUUCACUACCUGCAACUGGCAGGCAAGGGUCUCCUCAUAUUAACCGAUCAGCGUCAGAGAGUGCAAAAGCUAAUGGUUCCCAUCCUUCUAACGAGAGGAAAUGGCAAAGGUGAAAAGGUGCUGCAAGGAGUCGUAUGAACUAAUGCAACAAGAAUGGAUCUUUGGUGUAGCCGAAAUCAAGGCUCAAGAAGCUUUCCAUUUGCACUGAACCUUGUACCUUUACACUUAGGCUUACUAGAUCAUUUAAUGGAGUGUGAGUUUGUUUGUGAAAUAUAUAGAAGGGUAUAUUUAAUUUUUUUAUCUGUACAUUAUAAUCUCAUUAUUGUUUUCACUUUUCACCAACCUGAGUUUUAUCAUCGAGGUUUGCGAUAUGAAGGUGUGCACAUGUUUGUAUGACUGAUUUCUAGUACUAUGUGAGAUUUGAUUCGCAUCAUUGUACUGUUUCCUUCA